UGUGAUACUUUAGAAACAUGCUAAGAACUAUAUGCAGGAAAAUAUAUCAAGUUUUGAGUUAAUUACUUUAUUGGAGCUUUAAACAAGUUGAUAAGAGAAAGUGUUGUCAUUCGCAUUCAAGUAGUCUGACUCGACGCUGCCAAAACAGGAGCAUCCACUUAGUAAAAGAAACAUUAAACAAGCAAUUACGAACGCUGAAACUCAUCUGAAGCAUUUGAGUUCAAUUGAAAACACAAAAUUUCAGUCUAUGAAAAUAAUCGUUAGGGACUAGACGCAGGACUUCAACAAUGGAGGGUCUGAAUCUUUCACCAUCAGGCGGUACAAUAAAACAGCAUCAAAGCACGAAACGAUCGUCGUUUGCAAUGGACAGUAUUCUCGGAAACUACACCAAAGAUGAGGACAAGUUUCAAGAUACUAAACCGAGAUUCCAACACGAUGACCAAGGACAAGAGCAUAAAAGUCCGUAUAGCCAGCAGCUUAGUCCAAGAAAUGAGUCCGUGAUGCAGAGAGAGGCUGAGAUGAUGGAGAACAUUUCAGGAUCCCCAGGUGAUGGAGCCUCGGAGGCAGACUCGGCUGAUCCUGAAGACAGGCCUGGUAGGAAGAUUCGCCGAAGUAGAACUACUUUCACAACGUACCAGCUUCAUCAGCUUGAACGAGCCUUUGAGAAGACUCAGUACCCCGAUGUCUUUACCCGGGAAGAACUUGCGAUGAGACUAGACCUCUCCGAAGCUCGAGUGCAGGUUUGGUUCCAAAACCGAAGAGCAAAAUGGAGGAAAAGGGAGAAGGCCAUGGGACGAGAAAGUCCUAGUUUUAUUCCCGGUGACCAGCUUCCACUGGGAGAAAUGCCCGGCCUCACUCAUCCAUUCGCUGGGAUGGGAAACGCCCAUCACGACCCGCUAUGGAUGGCUAGAAUUCAGCAUCUGAUUGGCUUAAAUCCAAUGAUGGCCUUGCAACAAGGUCUUAGCGCAGGCGCACAUCCAUCACUCUGUAUGCCAACUUCAGCACAGUUCGCUCAAGGGAAAAUGCAAUUCCCAAUGCCCGCAGCCCUCAAAAUGCCGAAUUAUGGACUUUUUCACCCAGCGUCCUUCCCCCAGGGAAUGGUUACGUCACAAGGGAGAAUAUCGCCGUUAAAUCUUACACCGACGAGACUUGGUGAAUCUGACACUUUUGAUGCACGUAAAACAAGCAUUGAUAUACUGAGGUUAAAAGCUAAAGAACACUCUACUAGCUUACAUGAUAACAUCAUGGGAACAAAUCAAACUGAAAUAACAAAAUCAUAAUUAAUUUGAUUUAAAACUAUUGAUCCAGUUGCAAUAUGAUGAACUGCAGUAUUAUUCUAACUAAUAUAAUGUCCAAGUUUGGUGGGGGUAAUCACAAUGUCAAUAGCAUUUAUGCCCGCAUUUAUGAUGUUUAUAAAUAUACUCAUUGAUUAUAUUAAGUAAAUACUUAGCAAAUAUAAAUCUUUACAUUUGUUUAAAGUUUCACUUAAACAUUCACUUCUAGUUAAAACGUUGCUUAGAUUGCAACUAGUGGCAGUCUACUUGAGAAUGGCUUUACGCUAUCACAGCCAACAUUCGCAGAAUGAUUGGCAUUUAUAAUUGAAUAAGCCGGAUGACGGAACUCCACACCACUACAUGUUGGCUCCGAUAAAACUGGCAUUUUGGGCGACGAAUGAGGGAUUGAAUUGUGUCAGAGCUAGCGAUUAUGACGAUAGAGAAGAUACGGUCAUACAGUGACACUUAGAUCUGUGUGAAACGGUUAGAAUAUAUAUUCGACACACUUUUAUCAACAACACUUACAUAACUUUAAUUCCUUUAUCUGAUAGCCAUGUUUGUGACAUCAGCCUUGAAUAUUGAAAGUUUGAUAACGUGUGUUCGCUUUCCCUUAAAUCAAAGAAACACGAAAUCUCCCCCAAGAUCGAUGUUGGCGCUCAUUUUGCGCAAUGUUAUCAAUUAUAAAUCAUUUGCAUCGAUGUUCAUAGAAUUCAUGUUUAUUCCCUACACUAAAUGAGUUUUCCUGCAUCUGGGACGUUCAUGAAAAUUUAAAUGAACAGAUAUACUUAUUGCCAAAAAUGUACGUUGGAUUCUCAACAAUAAUUUUAAAAGGGUAAAAUUUGCCUUUUUGUGUUUUUCAUAUGUUGCUCAUAGUGCAUCCUUUUAUAAUUAGCCAAUUAAAAUGUCAUAUUGACGACAUGUAUAUUUGUUUUUAGUGGGAAACGUAUUCUUGUGUUUACUUAUGGAGUAUAUUUCCUGACUUAAAGCAAAACAAAGAGCAACAUUUGGGAAACAUGCAUGGAAUAUAAUGAUUAGCAAAACAAAUUACAAUUCAAAAAUGUAAAAAAGUAUUUCAUUUAAUAUUAUAUCUCGGUGUAAAAAGAUAGCCAAGAGGGAUAUAACUUAUAAUACAAAAUCAUAAGAAGUUAUGGACUGAAGGAUAAAACUAUAUGUCAAAUACAAGAACUAGUAUUCUGAAUUCAGUGGCUUGUUCUCCUGAGAGUUUUAGUAUUCUUAGACUACAGAUUGGCGUUUUUGUAGGCGUUGUUUGGUAUAUUUUGUGAUUGUAACAACACUUCUGAAUGUAUGUUACAUUCUAAAGAAAAUUUUAAUGUUUUGUGGUUUAGUUUUAUGAUUAUUGAUAUAUAUAUAUUAUCGGGGGUUGUUUAUCUGGUUUCCCAUGUAUAUUUGCACCUCGCAUUUUUUAUUAUUUAUUGUACAUUGUAAACGGAGCAUAAAUGAAAUAAUUAAUAUUAAUUUUCUAAGGACUUGUUAGUUUUCAAGUACUGCAUGACCUGUCUUGAAAAUACUUAUCUGUAAUGUGGGUUACUGUAAUGUUUGGAUUGACUGUGAUGCACUAUGGUUAUAUAUAUAAUAUAUAUA